AUCCUCACAACCACCCGAACAACAUCGCAGCUUUCGAGGUCGACAACUAAUACGCCAAAAUGGGUCGCGUUCGCACAAAGACCGUCAAGCGGUCCGCCAAGGUCAUCAUUGAGCGUUACUACCCCAAGCUCACCCUUGACUUCGAGGUCAACAAGAAGCUUUGCGAUGAGGUGGCCAUCAUUGCCAGCAAGCGCCUGCGCAACAAGAUUGCCGGAUACACCACUCACCUGAUGAAGCGUAUCCAGCGCGGCCCCGUUCGUGGUAUCUCCUUCAAGCUCCAGGAGGAGGAGCGUGAGCGUAAGGAUCAAUACGUUCCUGAGGUCUCCGCUCUCGACUUCAGCCAGCACUCCGAGACUGGCAAGCUCGACGUUGACCAGGACACCAAGGAUCUCCUUAAGAGCAUUGGUUUCGACUCUAUCCCCACCAACGUCAUCCAGGUUUCCCAGCAGCAGGUCUCCGACCGUCCCCGCCGCUUCGUCCGGUAAAUAGAUAGUCGUGCAGGAUGACGGAUAAGGGAACACCAAAAAAAUGACAUGAAACGGUUGACAUCCCUCAGGGAAUGGUGGUGGUGACGAUGCUACUUUCAAGGAUGGGUAAUGGCGUCAAAAGACUUCAGGAAUAGUUACUUUGGGGAAAUAGGUUCCGGGCAUCUUUAGGAUGAGAAAUGAUACGCCAGGCCUUUUCUCGCAUUUCUGUCAUGUUUUAGCAGUUCUGUAAAUCGCUGAAUUGCACCCCUGGGCAAAGAAUGCUUCUUUUGUCACGAUCAAGACAUCUCGUCCCGCCACCAUUCUCUUCGUGCUCUUAGAUAUCCGGUCAAUAUGAGCCAUUAUCCACGAAGACAAAUGUUUUCCCAUGUAUAUUCUGUAGGUCAGUGUAGGGCCUGGUCUUCACGUCCCACGGGUUUCCAACGUGC